GAAUUGAAUCAGAAGUCAGAACCGACCUUUCUGCUUCAAACUUCCUAUCCAUCAAAUUUUGCAUUGUUGAAAAAAAAUCCCUAACCGUACCGAAUCUUCUUCUUCACAUGGUGUUUGAAAACCCUAAUUCCAUUUCUCCGCUUCCCUCUGAGUUCGGAUGGACUCGGAUGAGAUUCUAGUCCGCCGCGAGAACCCUAGAGGCCUCUCGUUUUCGACCAAGGCCAUGCCCAAUGACCAACUGCCGCCACAGAAGUCUCAGCAGCAGCCGACGCCGCCGACGAUAAUCGAUAGGUUCAGGGCAUUGAUGAAGCAGCGGGCCGAGAUUACCGGCAGAGACGAUGUCGGCGGAGUCGCUUCGUCGUCGUUGGCCGGGGAUGAGGUGGUGCAGCUUUACGAGUUGAUGCUCUCCGAAUUAACUUUCAACUCCAAGCCUAUCAUCACUGAUUUGACAAUCGUCGCCGGGGAGCAGCGGGAGCAUGGCGAGGGAAUUGCCGACGCUAUCUGUGCUCGAAUUAUCGAGGCUCCAGUUGACCAAAAGCUGCCUUCUCUAUACCUGCUAGACAGUAUUGUGAAGAACAUUGGACGUGAUUAUGUUAGGCACUUCUCUUCCCGAUUGCCAGAGGUUUUCUGUGAAGCAUACAGACAAAUACAUCCUAGUCUCUAUCCUUCCAUGCGACAUCUUUUUGGGACAUGGUCCACUGUGUUUCCUCCUGCUGUUCUUCGCAAGAUUGACACCCAGCUGCAGCUUUCCACUCAAGCUAACAAUCAAUCAUCUGGCCUGACAUCGUUGAGGGAUUCUGAAUCACCCAGACCAGCUCAUGGCAUACAUGUGAAUCCAAAGUACUUGCGUCAAUUAGAACAAUCAACUUCAGAGAGUGUAGGAAACCAAAGAAUAAAGACUGCUGGAGGUUCAGCUUCUUCAUCUUUCACUCUUGGAGUCAAUAAGUUACUCCCGUCUUCAAAUUCCAGGGUUUCAAGACCUUUGUCACCUUCAGCUGAGAGGCUAUUAUCUUCAGAGCUUGAUGACUUAGGGUCAUCGAGUUCUCCUAGAAGACUUGUGCAUGGGGAAUCUCCAUCUCAUCGUGUAUUUGAUUAUGAACUUGGGAAAAUUGGUGUCAGAAAUGAAGAAGCAGAUGAGUGGAGAAGAAAACGAUAUUCCGAUGAUAGAGACAGUAGAUUCGAAACUUCUGUUGUACAUAGAAUUAGCAAUGGACACGAGCCUCUCGUUGCCAGAGCUCUGAUAGAUGCAUACGGGGAUGAUAGGAGUCAAAGGAAUGCAAGUAAUAAACCCUUGCAGCUUGAUCGUCUGAAUGUGAAUGGCGUGGGCAAUAAGCUGGCAACAGGAUCAUGGCAGAAUACUGAAGAGGAGGAAUUCGACUGGGAAGAUAUGAGCCCUACUUUGACAAAUCAGAACAUAAGUAAUAAUUUGUUGUCAUCAUCCGGUAUGCCUGUGAUUGGGAAGUCUAGAGAAUCAUUGAAUUUUCCUCGUCACUUACCUCGGUCAACACAUCUUCUGAAUUCUCGGGAAAAUUUGGCUCUUGUGGCUGAUAAAUUCCCAGAUACUGAAUCCCAGCUUAUCCAUCGUCCGUAUGUCUCUUCAAUAAUGGAAUCGGCUGUUGAUACCAAUGCCUCUGGAACUUGGUCUGACAAUUUGCCUUCACAUCCAUCUGUGCAGCCAAGCCUUCCACCACAGAGGCAGAGCAACAAUGCUACCAACUCAGAGAUACAGUAUAAUAGUUUAGAGAGCAGAGGGCUCAGUUUACUGAAACGUCGUCUGGCACCUAAUCAAAGCAAUGCUUUGAAUCGGCAGAAGUUGAAUCCCUUUGCACCUCAGUUUCUGCCACCUCAUGAAGCUCGUGAGAAUUUCGACCAUUCUUCUUUGGGUUCAAUGCCACGGCAUAUGCCUCCAUCAAAUCAUGGGUACCCCAUGCAGCGACAUGGAGGUGGGAUUAACAUGGGCCCUCCUAUUUCAAUGCAUCCAGUCAACAAUACUUUGAAUAACUUGCAUUCACAGAUAGGUGCAAGACCACCUCUACCUCCUGGUCCUCCUCCUGCCUCUCAAAUGAUGCUCAACCACCAGCAUGGUGGUCCGUUUAUUCCGAACCAGCCUCCAGCGGUUGCAUUUUCUGGUUUGAUGAAUUCUCUCAUGGCUCAAGGUGUGAUCUCAUUGACAAACCAGACAACUAAGCAGGAGUCACUGGGACUUGAAUUUGAUGCUGAUCUUCUCAAGGUACGUCAUGAGUCGGCAAUAAGAGCCUUGUAUGCUGAUCUCCCUAGACAGUGUAUGACUUGUGGACAUCGCUUCAAGUCCCAAGAAGAGCACAGCGCUCACAUGGAUUGGCAUGUUACUAGGAACCGCAUGUCUAAAAACCGAAAGCAGAACCCUUCUCGCAAGUGGUUUGUUAGUGCAAGUAUGUGGCUCACUGGUGCUGAGGCCUUAGGAACUGAUGUUGUGCCCCUUUUUUUGCCUCCCGAGAAUGUUGUUGAGAAGAAUGAUGAGGAAGAGUUGUCCGUCCCUGCUGAUGAAGAUCAGAAUGCAUGUGCAUUAUGUGGAGAGCCAUUUGAUGAUUUCUUUAGUGAUGAAACCGAGGAAUGGAUGUAUAAAGGUGCUGUGUAUUUAAAUGCGCCUCCCCAGGGGUGGACACCAGGCAUGGAUAUAUCACAGUUAGGUCCUAUAGUACAUGCCAAAUGCAGGCCGGAGUCUAGUGGAGUAAUGCCCACUGGAGACUCGAGGCAGGAUAAUGAGGUCAAUGUAGAAGAGGGUAGUCAAAGGAAACGACUGCGGAGUUAAAAUUUGUGUUAGACCAGGCUUCACAGUCCUUUUAUAACUUUUAAUUUCAUGAUGUUAGUGGUGUGCUCUUUGCUUAAUUUUACAGGAGUUUCCAUGCCCAUGGUUGAAAUCUGUGUACAUGUAUAGUUGGAGUUGUAUCUGGCAUGCUUAAUUUUGCAGGGGGGAAAAUUCAUAUUUGCCAGCUCUCUUUUUUGCUUAUCAGAUCAUCUAGGGAGAGGAAUCCAUUAGCAGAUAUGCUUGCCUUCACAUCCAUUAGCAGACAAAGGUCCUUCAGAAUCUACUCUUCCCUUGUUUUCCACAUUGAGCAGGGAGGCAUUUCUGCUCAUCUAUGAAAUGUAAGUCUUACCAAACGAGCUCAGGAACUUAGAGAACUGAAGCAUGAUAGAAACCAGUGAUAUCCUGUACUUAUCAGGUUUC